GCUUGUUUAUUCAUUCGUGGGCUAUGCGUGGCGCAAGAUGACCAGCAUUUAUUGCCUGUCCCCAGUUACCCUUGAGGGUAGUGGUGACCUGCCUUCUUGAACGCCUGCAGUCCACCUGCUGUGGGUUGAUCCACAUACUGUAAGGCAAGGAAUUCCAGGAUUUUGACCCAGUGACAGUGAGAAUGGUGAUAUAUUCCCAAGUCAGCAUUGUGAGUGGGACUUGAAAAGAUGAUGUUCCCAUAUGCUUGCUGCCCUUGUCCUGCUAGAUGGAAGUGGUUGUGGGUUUGGAAGGUGUUGUUUGAGGAUCUUUGGUGAAUUUCGGCAGUGCAUCUUGUCAAUAUACUGAGCAUCAGUGGUGGAGGAAGUGGAUGUUUGUGGAUGUGCCAAUCAAGCAGGCUGCUUUGUCCUGAAUGGUGUCAAGCUUUCUGAGUGUUGUUGGAUUUGCUGUCAUCCAGAUAAAUGAGGAGUAUUCCAUCAUACUCCUGACUUGUGCCUUGUAGAUGGAAAACAGGCUUUCUGGGCUCAGGAGGUGGGUAAUUCUCCGCAACAUUCUUAGCCUCUGACCUGUUCUUAUAACCACUAUAUUUUUGUGGCAAGCUUCUGGUCAAUGAUAAUCCCCAGGAUAUUGAUAGUGGGGGCUUCACUAAAAGUAACACUAAUGAAUGUCAAGGGGUGGUGGUUACAUUGCCAGUUGCUGGUGACGGCCAUAGCCUGGCAUUUGUGUGGUGUGAAUGUUACUUGCCCCUUGUCAACCCAAGUGUGGACAUUGUCCAUGUCUUGUUGCUUUUGAACAUGGACUGCUUUAGUACCUUGGGUGUUGCAAAUAAUACUGAACAUCAUGUAAUUACUGGCGAACAUCCGGACUUUUGACCUUAUGGUGGAGUGAAUGUCAUUGAAACAUCUGAAGAUGGUUGUGCCUAAGACAAUACCUUGCAGAACUCCUGUAGCGAUGUCCUGGAGCUGAGUUGACUCACCUGCAGCAACCAUGACCAUUUUCCUAUGUGUCCACUUUGAUUCCAACCACUGGAGAGUUGGCCCAUUGAUUUUCCAUUUUGCUAGUGUUGUUUGAUGCCACACACAGUCACAUGCAGCCUCGAUGUCACAAGUUGUCACUGUCACCUCUGGAAUUCAGCUGUUUUGUUCAUGUUUGAACCAAGGCUGUAAUGAGGUCAGGACAUGUGGCCCUGGAGGAACCCAAACUGAGCAUCGAUAAGAAGGUUAUUGCUAAGCAGGUUGAUGACACAUUCCGUCACCUCACUGUUCAAGGGCAGACUGGGGUGGUAAUUGGCCAGGUUGGAUUUGCUCUGCCGUUUAUGUACAGGACAUACUUGGGCAAUUUUCCAUACUGUCAGUUAUAUCCCAAUGUUGCAACUGUACUGGAAUAGCUUGGCUAUUUUGGCAAAUUCUGAAGCACAAAUCUUCUGUACUAUUGCCUGAAUGGUACCAGGGCUCAUAGCCUUUGCAGAAUCCAGUGUCUCCAACUGUCUCUUGAUAUCACAUGGAGUGAAUCGAAUUGGUUGAGGACUGGUAUCUGUAAUGCUGGGAACCAUUACAGGAGGCUGAGAUGGAUCAUCCAGUCUGCACUUCUGGCUAAAGAUUACAAACACUUCUUCAGCCUUAUCUUCCAUCAUAGUUGGGAAUAUUUGUGUAGCUACCUCCUCCAGUGAGUUUUUUUAAUUGUCCACCACCAUUCACGACUGAAUGUGGCAGGUCUGCAAAGCCUACAUCUGAUCUGUUGAUUGUGGGAUUGCUUAGCUCUGUCUAUCACUUACUGCUAAUGCUGUUUGGCACAUAAGUAGUCCUCUUUGGUGGCUCCACUAGGUUGACACCUUAUUUCUAAUUAUGCCUGAUGCUGUUCCUGGCAUGCCCUCUUGCAGACUCCAUUGAACCAAGUUUGAUCCCUGUCUUGAAUGUAAUGGUUGAGUGAGGGAUAUGCCAAGCCGUGAGGUUACAGGUUGUGCUGGAGUAUAAUUUUGCUGCUGUUGAUGGCCCACACCACUUCCUGGUGCCCAAUCUUGAAUUGCUAGAUCUGUUUGAAGUCUGUCCCAUUUAGCAUGGUGAUAGUGCCAUGCAAUACAAUGGAGGUUAGCCUCAAUGUGAAGGCAGGACUUUGUCUCCAUAGAACUGCAUGUUGAUUGCUGUUACCGAUACUGUCACAGACAGCUGCAUCUGCUGUUGGAACAUUGGUAAGAAUGAGGUCGUGUGGUUUUCCCACUUGUUGGUUCCCUCACUACCUGCUGCAGUCCCAGUCUAACAGCAAUGUCCUUUAGGACCUAACCAGUUUGGUCAGUAAUACGGUUGCUGAGCAAUUCUUGGUGGUGGGCAGAACAGUUGUUGUACCAGGCAAUUAUGCACCCAGCUAGAAAGCAUUCUGUGGUGCAUCUGUAAAAGUUGGUGAGGGUCCUUUUGGACGUGCUGAAUAUCCUGAGCUCCAGGACAGGCUGUCAUUUAUCUUGGAACUUGAUGCUCUCAGCCGUCUCAACCUAUGCUCUAUUGAUGUAGAUAGGGGCAUGUUCUCCUUUCUUUCUAAAGUCAAUGAUCAGUUCUUUUGUUUUGCUGACAUCGAGAGGCUUUUCUCAUUGCGCAUUGACACCAAGACGUCUGUCUCCUUUCUGUAUUCUGACUCAUCAUUGUUUGAUGUCCAACCUACCACGGUGGUGUCAUCAGCAAACUUGAAGAUGGCGUUUGUUCAGAAUUUAGCUAUACAGUCAUGGGUGUAGGAGGAGUACGGUAGGGAGCGGAGAAGGCAUCCUUGGGGGUCUCCAGUGUUGAGGAUUAUCUUGGAGGUGCAGUUGUCUAUCUUAACAGCAUUCUAUGGGUCAGGUAGCUGAGGAUCUAGUUGCAGAGGGCAGAGCCAAGAUCCAGGUCCUGGAGUUUUGAGAUCAGUCUGGGGGGGUUAUGGUGUAGACUACAGCUCCACCUUUAAGCAGAAUUCUGAAGUAACUCCUGAUUCCCCUACCAAUCAAGAACCUAUCUUUGUAUGAAAUGCAUUCAUUCAAUGACUUGGCUUUUGCAGCUGUCUGUGGCAAUGUGUUCCAUAGGUCAACCACCCUCUGGUUAAGGAAAUGCCUCCUCAUCUCAUCUUUAAAUGUCAUCCCUUCAAUCUGAGACUGUCCUCUGAUCCUAGCCUUUCAUACUAGUGGAAACAUCUCAAUGUCCACUCUAUCCAUGCCUCUCAAUAUUCGCUCUUUUAACAUCAAGCAAUAAUGGGGUCAGAGACUGGGAAUUCUACAAUGAGUAACUCUCACCCUCAAACCUGUGACCUCUACCUUCUUCCAGAAGGGCAACAGUAAUUGAUACAUGGCAACCUCAGCACAUGUAAGUUCUGCUGCAAGACGCUCACCAUCCUAACUUGGAAAUAUAUUGCCAUUCCUUCACUGUUGCAAGGUCAAAAUCCUGAAACUUUUGCCGUAACAGCAUUGUGAGUUCUCCCACACCACAUGGAUUGUAGCAGUUCAGACAGGCAGCUCAUCAUCACAGUCUGCAGGCCGAUUAGGGAUGGAUAAUAAAUACUGGACAAACCAGCAAUGCCCAUGAAUAAGAAAAAAAGAUUAAGCUGUGCAUUUAAACAGCAGUUUUGAUUCACAGGAGCUGUUAAAUGCUGGUACAAAUACAACAAGUGUUUGUUAUCCAAAUAAAAGUGUCUGCAGUGUUACCAGGAAUUCCCUGUUUUUUUCUUGUUGUGUCAAUUGUUAGGACUUUGUCGUAGUUUCCUCAUUGUUAGCUUUACCUCUCAAUUUGAUAAUCAGUUAAUUCAUAAAUAACCAGUUCAUGAUUUUCUUGUGACUCAUUCAGUCAGCAAAUUAAUUAGAGAUUAAUGAGCCAUUCUACUAUGUUUUAUUUAAGUGUAAAUUUCUGUUUGCAGUUUACUCAUUCUACCCCCAGACUUUAAAAUUGGAGUUUUGAUUUCUGAUACCCGAACUAUUACAAAUUGUAAAUAACAGUGGGUUCAGUGUUACUACCUAUAGAAUGCCACCUCCUAACUCUUGAUUAACUUGAGUAGGUACACUUAACAGUUACAUUCUGAUUUCUGUCUUGUGGUGUCUUCUGGCUUACCAUCCAUCACAGUAUGACUGAUCCACAAAAUGAACCUGAUCAGGCUGUGUGGACUGAAGAGGCAGGCAGCAGAAUAGAUGGAAAGACCAAGACAAUUGUUGUGGUGAAGAAAGAGACCAAUCUGCCCAUUGUAUUUGCACUUGGUUAAAGUUGCUGCUACCGUUCUUCCAGGCAGUACAUUCCAGGCUCUAACGAUUUGCAAUGGAAAAGUUUUCCCUCACCUUGCAUUUGCUUCUUUUGCAUUUUACUUUCAAGUUUUGCCCUUUUUGGUUCUCAAUCAAUUUAUGAACAGAAACAGUUUCUCCCUAUCUCACGCAAGCAAAUCCUGCAUGAUUUUGAAAACUUCAAUCAAAUCUCCUUUAGCCUUUUCUUCUAUCAUGAAAACAGUCCCAAUUUCUUUACAUUGUCUUUAUAACACAUUCCUGGAAAACUCUGUUGCCCCCUCUGAGUUCUCAUUUUCCUGGAGAGUGGAACCCAGAACUAUACAUAAUACUCCAAUUGAUUUCUGACAAGUGGCAUACACAAGUUCAGCAUAACUUCUAAUCUGUAUCCCUAAUCAUAAUGCCAGAAUACUGCAGGCUUCCUUAUGGCUGUCUCUACCCAUACUCUCUCCUUUAUUGGUUUUGCACGUACAUAUACCCAGGUCCUUCUGCUCACAUGCUUUAGAGUAGUUACCCUUUAUUUGCUCCUUCUGAACUGUCUUAUCUAUCCACCCCCUCCUCCAACUUGUCAGUCAUACAGCAUCAAAAUAGACUCUUUAUUUGAACCAGUCCAUGCUGACCGUUUUCCCACACUGAACUAGACCCAUCUGCCUCUGCUUGGCCUGCUUCUCUCCAGACCUUUCCUAUUCAUGAACUUAUUGAAAUGUCUUUUACACAUUGUAACUGUACCUGCAUCCAUCGCUGUCUCUGGCAGUUGAAAUUGUGCAUUGGUCAGCAAGGUCUAGAUCAUUAACAUUGUCAGAAAAGAAAGGAUCUCAAUAGCCGUAGGGACCUCCACAAACCUUCCUCCUCAAAAAAUAAUCAUUGACCACUCUUCAUGAUUUUCAAUCAAGCUGUAACCACUGACAAGUAUCUAACAGAUGAAAUCCAUUACCUCACGUUUAUUGGUUUUGCAUGUACGUAUACCCAGGUCCUUGGGUAUAGAUGGCCAUUCAAUCCUGACACAGACCCUCAUGAGAGUGCCUAAACAAGUCUGAAUAUGUUAAUGGGACAUCAGUUCCCUGGAACAUUUAAAAUACUGCCACAUUCUAAUUAUUUCCAAGGUCUUGCGGUUGGAUAAGGGAAUUAAUCUGUCCCUGUGCAUGGAAAUGGUGAACUGCUUCUUCCUAGUGUGAAAUGUGCCAUUGUACAGUGGUUGCAAUGAUCACCUGAACUCACUCCCAUUGCUGAGAACACAUUGAUGGUUUCUCAUCAAUGAGAAUACAUUGAUGGGGUAUCAGGUCCCCAGAACCUGCAUAGCAUUUCCCACGGUUUGGGCAGUUAAAAGGCCUAUUCUCAUUGCAAACUUUCUGGUGUUUCAGCAGUUUAUCUGAUGGAAUGAAUUGUUUCACACACUUGGAGUAGCUAAACAGCAUCUCCCCAUUGGCAACAUUUUAACUGAAGAGGUGAAUGCUAUCUCCUCAUAAUUUGCUGGUGUGCCAACAGGAUGGAUAACUGGGUGAACGGUUCCCACACUCAGCAGCUGAAUGGCCUGUGCACUGUGUGAGCGCAUCAAUAUAUUUCCAGCUUUGUUGAGUAACUUAAUCCCUACCCUCAGUCCCAGGUGUCCAGGGUUUCUCCUGUGUAUUGGCACUUAUGAACUGGCUGUUGCCUAACAGUUUGAAAAGGCUGUGCUAUUCAGAUUAUAUUUAAUUGGACACUGUCGCAUCCUGAUGUGCAGUUGUGAAACUGAAGACAUCCUCAGGAUGCUGCGACAGAUAUAUUCAUGUCAGACUUUUCAGAGCAAAGAAGGUGUGUCUGGCUCACGAUGCAAUUGUUACCGUUACGACGGCUUUCAGUAAAAUUUGUUGACAUUUUUAUUAUUUAGCCUUUUAGGCCUCUUGUCUGUAUUCUAGUGCAGAAAAAUGAAUGACGGAAAAGACCUCUUGCCUUCAAUGGUAGGGCUGUUACCCAGCGUUUCCGGCGGUAUUGAAACGCUCCUAGCCUCUCAACAGGAGCACAGUGUGCAUGCGCAAUGCUGUGCCGUUUAUGGAGCAUGCGCUGAGACUGAGAGAGUUAUGGGCGGACGUGUUUUUCUCAGAUCCACAAACGGGGCACAUUUAUUAGGAAGAAUGCCAAACAAACAGCCCAACAAGACUUAAAAGCCCUUUGAUUUUCAACGUUUGUCUAUGGGAAAAGGUUUCAAAUAUCAGUGUGACUGGAAUGCACCAAGACACACACAUCCAAGUGAAUGUGUUCCAGUGAACUUUCUGUGGACAAGCCUUGAACCAGUUACACAGCCUGAAUAACAUUACACCAUUCGUAGUGAGGAGAAUCUGUAUCACUGUCCUGUGUAUGGGCAAGGAGUCAGCUGAUCAUCCAGUAUGGAGAAACGUGAGGACAGCUGCACUGUAGAGAAACCAUGGAAAUGUGUGGACUGUGGGAAGGGAUUCAAAUACCCAUCCUUGCUGGAAGCUCAUCGACGCAUUCACACAGGGGAGAAGCCAUAUACUUGCUCUGUUUGUGGGAAGGGAUUCGCUCGGUCAUUUGAUCUUCAGAAACAUGAAGGCAUUCACACUGGGGCGCGGCCAUUCAUCUGUCCUGAGUGUGGGAAGGGAUUCAGCGACUCAUCCAACCUGCUAACACACCAGCGAGUUCACACUGGGGAGAGGCCAUUCGUCUGCUCUGUGUGUCAUAAAGGAUUCAGUGAUUCAUCCAGUCUAUGGAGACACCAGCGAGUUCAUACUGGGGAAAGGCCAUUCAUCUGCCCUGAGUGUGGAAAGGGAUUUACUCAAUCAGCCCACCUGCUGAGACACCAGCGACUUCACACUCGAGAAAGGCCAUUCAUCUGUCCUGAGUGUGGAAAGGGAUUCAGUGACUCAUCGUACCUGCUGACACAUCAGCGAUUUCACACUGGGGAGAGGCCAUUCCCCUGCACUGAGUGUGGCAAGGCAUUCUCACUGUUAUCCAACCUCCGGGCACACCAACUUGUUCACACUAAUGAGAGACCUUUCAAAUGCUCGCAUUGUGAGAAGAGCUAUAAAUGCAGACAUGAAAUGAUAACACACCAACGCAUUCACACUGGGGAGAGGCCAUUCCCCUGCACUGAGUGUGGGAAACGAUUUGUCAACUCAAAGAACCUUUUGAGACACCAGCGAACACACACUGGUGAGAAGUUGUUACCUGCUCCCUCGUGGGAAAGGAUUUACUCAGUCAUUCCACCUUCUGAGACACCAGUGCAUUCACAAGUGACUGCAGGGCAGGCAUCAGUUGCUGUUGUUCUUAAUAAAACUUUUCCUCACAUCACCUCUGCAUCUCUUUCCCAAAACCUUAACUCUAGUUCCCCAGUCCUUGGAUCAUCACAGAAUGGAAACAAUGUUUUAUUUCUCUACCUCACCUAAACCCCUCAAACUCAAUACACUUGAAGCAUUGAUUACAGAACUGGACUCUAGUUCUGACCUAAAGAGAGAUUUUUAAAGAUCUUUCCCUGAUUUUCUCCACAAUAUCUCGAUUUAUGAAGUUCAAGAUUCAAUAUGUUUUGCUCACUGCUGUCUCAAUGGGUCCUGUCAUCCCUCCCCCUCAACCAGAAACUCUGGUUUCAAGUCCCACCUGCUAUAAAACUGUUAGAGCGGUUUGGUUUUUUUUCUCAUUUCUUAAUUGAUGAUUGAAUCACAUUCAUUGUGAUCUGUUUCUGCAGAAGGUAAUGAACCACAGUUCAGUUAAAGGGACCAUCUGGUCGGGGAGCAGACUAAAACUUCAGUUAACUUGUACAGUAAAUUUGUUAACUUGCACAAUAGAUCUCUGCUCACCAUUUAAUUAUGAAGUGGAUUGAUUCAGUUAUAGAAUUCUCAAACUCAUUAAAAGUAAACUUGCUGACUUGUUCCUUUCAGUCCCACCUUGUGUUGUUCUGUGUGAAAAUCCUGCGUUCCCUUGUGAAAUAAAUUUGUCUAUUGGUUGCAGAA